AUAAAAUAAUAAAAUUAAAUUCAAGAUUAAAUCAAAUGGAAAUUCGAAAAUGAGAAACUUAACGAGUUUUGAAGAGUCAAUUUGGUACAAAAAUAUACCAGAUUCUGAGUUUAUGGUCGCGAAUCGUGCUAAAUCCGUGAAAUUGUUGUUUCUAUUCUCGCGCCCAUAUAAAUAGAUAUAUAGUAAAGAAAGAAGUUUCCGGUCACGCAUCGUGUAAAAAAUAAAAUUGUUAAUUAUCUCAUUCUCAAACUAAAUACUAAGAUAUAUAUAUUUUUUAAAUAAAAAAGUGAAGUUUCGUAUUUUGAGAAAGACUAAAACACUCAAAAUGCAGAGAAUAUUGAGUAUGCAAAUGUCACGAGGCUUUGGAGAAUCGAGUGAAUUUGUGACAAAAAGAAGUUGCAUUUCGUUUUUAUUUUCCAUCGGAUUUUUGGCUCUUUUGGGUGGAUUUCUCUUGGGAAGAUUUGCCGCCCAAAGAACUAUAAUCGUACAAGCAGAAAAAACAAGAAUGCAACUUGCCAAUAAUGGUCUUCAAAUGACGGAAUAUCUUCAGGAUCAAGUUUUUGAGUUUCUUCAAAAUUCGAAUUUCGAUCAGGAUUCAAACUUAUUGCCUGCGAACAGAGAAUCGAAUUUUCUGACAGAUUCGAAAGGUAUUUUUCCAAGACUGGGAAUCAUUCAACAGGUUUUUAAAUUCAAAUCGUGUACUGUUGCGAAGGUUCAAGGAUCGAGAGAAUCAGAUAGAUACGUGGUAAUAUCAUUAAUCGAAGAAAGAGUCAAAGUCGUGAUCGAAUUGAUGGAAAGUCUGAACAAAGUUCAUGAACAAGAAUGGAAUCCAAGACGAACAAUUUUAUUUUGCGUUUGUGAAAAUUCUUCCAGAGACUGUUUUGACGAAUUGCCAAGCUACAUUCAAACAAAAAUUGUGGCAUUUCUAACCACUGAUGAUACUUUUCAAUCGAAAAAUUUAUUUGAAGAAGAUUGUCUUUUAGUUUCUGGAUCCAAUAUCGCUCAAGCUGCGGUUUCAAAAGCAGCUGAGUCAAUCAGGAAUUAUGAUCCAGAGGCAAUUGGUAUUUGUGAUGAGAGAGAAUUAAUUUCUGUUCCUCAUCCUGAUUUGGAUAUUCCUCAUGCGAUCAUAUCUUUCGUGAUUGGAAAAAAUUCUUCUCCGACUGAAAAUAAAAAAAUACUUGCUCAAGUGAUUGGUCUGAGUAUCUGGAGACUAUCGGAGAGUAUAAUUCUUCCUUGGAAUCCAAAAAAUUUGAACAAGACAAUACUUGAGAACUUAGCGGCUAUUGAAUCUUCAAAAUUAAUUGAAAGUCAAGAGAAAAGAGAGAUGAUAGAGAAUCUGACCAAACUGAUUGAAAAAAUAGCUAAUUAUACUGAAAACUUCAACGUGGUGGAAACAAGCAAUUCAUUGAAUGUUCGUAUUGCGAACGACCUACUUUUGGAUUUGGACAAAACUCUCAUCUGCCUAGAGAAGCAAGGACCUCUGAAGAAAAUAGAAUGUUCCAAAAACGUCCAAGGAAUUUUGCAAGCUGGCAAUUGAGAAAAAUUUGAAAAAUUCAAAGCUCAAGUUUU